AUGGCAAAGUUUCUCUCUAUUAUCCGUCGAGUGUACCUCACUCUCUACAACUGGAUCGUCUUUGCUGGAUGGGCUCAGGUUUUGUAUUAUGCUGUAAAGACGUUGAAGGAAACGGGACAUGAAAAUGUUUAUGAUGCUGUGGAGAAGCCUCUCCAGCUUGCUCAGACUGCUGCCGUUCUCGAGAUUCUUCAUGGAUUAGUAGGUUUGGUUAGAUCUCCUGUUUCUGCAACUCUGCCACAGAUUGGUUCAAGGCUGUUUCUCACUUGGGGCAUCCUAUACAGCUUUCCUGAGGUCCAAUCACAUUUUCUUGUUGCGUCGCUAGUCAUAAGCUGGUCUAUCACAGAGAUUAUUCGCUACUCCUUCUUUGGUCUUAAGGAAGCUCUAGGCUUCGCACCUUCAUGGCACUUGUGGCUCAGAUACAGCAGCUUUUUAGUGCUAUACCCAACUGGUAUAACCAGUGAAGUAGGUCUUAUCUACCUUGCGUUACCACACAUCAAGACGUCUGAGAUGUACAGCGUUAGGAUGCCUAACACAUUGAACUUUUCAUUCGAUUUCUUCUAUGCAACGAUACUCGUCCUUGCAAUCUAUGUCCCAGGUAGUCCACACAUGUACAGGUACAUGCUUGGUCAGCGUAAGAGAGCUCUCUCCAAAUCUAAGAAGGAAUAA